AUGUCAGACCACGGCUCUGAUAUUUCAGAGGAAAGGGCUAUGCCCCACAUCCGACUCAACUCAGGUCGACAGGAGCCCUUCAUCGACACGAAUGAGGGUUACGCGCCUCUGACCUCGCGGACAUUCCCGCGUCCUCUGACACCACAGGGCCCCGAACCUCCAGUGAUAGGCGCGCAAGGAGCCUCGCCGUAUGGAGUGUCGAAUGCACCCGAGUCAUCGGAGUUCCUGUUGCCACCAAAGCUGCGCCCGACGCAGGGAUUCACGAGUGAGUCUGAGCGGCCGCGGUCUCCGGAUCGUUGGUCUGCGGCGAGGUCGAGUGUUAGCUCGCUCAGUCGCGAGAGCACGUUCCCUCUAGACCCGUUCCACGAUUCCAGGGCAUCUUCUCGGUCCGAGAGCGAUGAGCAUGAUGUCAAUACGCAGACUGUUUCGGAAAAAUUCAACAUCAUGCCUACUGAUGGGCUUUUGUUGUUCCCUGAGGAUGUGGAGAAGGACGAUUACCUGCAUAACCCCGAUUCUAUGGAUCAGGAUCGGGACUGUGAUAUGUGUAAUCGUCGCGGUAUUUUGAACAUGGGUGGAUUGGCUGUUUUGACGUUAGGUAUCUUGGUUUUGUUUAUUGGGUAUCCUGUCAUAACUUGGUUGGAAGGCAUUAUGAAACCAAACAGUGUAUGUCAUUCUCAUGAUACGCUCUGCCUGGAUGUUGGAGAAAGGGAUUUGUUGGGAAACAUUCGACAGGGAUUGAUCGAUCCGGACACACCAAAGGAGGCACUCACUAAAAAGAGUCUGAAUGGCAAGGAGAUGAAGCUAGUGUUCUCAGAUGAAUUCAACAUGCCCGGCCGAACCUUCUUUGAAGACGACGACCCUUUCUUCCAAGCAGUUGAUCUGUGGUAUGGAGUGACUGCCGACAAGGAAUGGUACGACCCAGACGCCGUCACAACAUCGGAGGGAACACUUCAGCUCCGAUUCGACCACUUCGAGAACCACGAACUGCAGUACAGAUCCGGCAUGGUCCAGAGCUGGAAUAAGCUCUGCUUCAAGGGAGGUCGUCUGGAAGCCAGCAUGUCUCUUCCUGGUGACGGGCACAUUGAGGGUUUUUGGCCUGGUUUCUGGGCAAUGGGUAACCUGGCGCGUCCUGGAUAUGCCGCUACUACCGAUGGUCUGUGGCCAUACAGUUACCACGAUGGCUGCGAUGCUGGUAUCACUCCCAACCAGAGCUCGCCCGAUGGUCUCAAUUGGUUGCCUGGAAUGCGUUUGCCUGGAUGUGCUUGCCCUGGCUCUGAUCAUCCUUCACCUGGCCGUGCUCGUAGUGCUCCCGAAAUUGAUGUGAUCGAAGGUAGUACUGCCGCGUUGUUCGGUGACAGUGGUCCAUUUGUUGGUAGUGCGUCGCAGAGUUUGCAAACUGCGCCUUUCGAUCUGUGGUACCUGCCCGACUAUGAUUUCGCCGCCGUCUAUGACGACCGCGUGACUCAAAUUAACGCCUACCGUGGUGGUGUCUACCAACAAGCCAUGUCCGGCCUGACAAACCUCAACACACGCUGGUACAACGGAACCGAAUACCAAACCUACUCCUUCGAGUACACACCUGGCGCAGAAGGAAACGUAACGUGGUUCGUCGGAUCUGAAAAGACCUGGACUCUCGAUGGCCGCGCCAUCGGACCAAACGGUAAUGUCGGCCAACGCAUGAUUCCACUCGAGCCUAUGUCGCUCGUCAUGAACAUGGGUAUGGCGGACAACUUUGCACCUCAAAACGCGUCCAUUCGCGAGUAUAUGCCCGCCUUCCUGCGCUUCGACUACGUCCGUAUUUAUCAGGACCCCGAUGACGAAAGCGUUACGUGUGAUCCGCCCGGAUGGGAGACGACUCAGUAUAUUAAGGAUCAUCCCAAGGCAUACGCCAACCAGAACUAUACGACUUGGGACGAUGCUGGAUACCACUGGCCUAAGAACUCCUAUAUGCACGACUGUGCAGCUCAAUAA